GAAAUACUUGCAAGGUUACCAGGGGUACAGUAGAUCACACUAUGAACAACUUGACAGUCGAUUUACUUUAACACUGUGACGGGUGGGAGAUUUUGAAAAUCAUGAUUUCUCAAAGCAAAGCAAUGUGUCUUUUAGUUGCAAUAGUAGCAACAACAAUACUUCUUGCGAAUUUGAAAUGCUCAUGGAAUACAUGUAUAUCAAGUAUAAAUCCGCCAGCUCCCAGUGCAAAACGAUCAAACUUUGUUGGAUAUAACGGAUCUAGCUACAUUACACAGCCAAGAAGCAACAUUUAUCUCAAUGGAUUUGAGGAAAAAAAUCGAAACAGAAAUCUCGUAUUAUACAGCAGGAGUCCUAAAUGUGGGAGCACCACUUUAAAUGCUGUAAUGAAAGCUGCUUGUGAAUAUGGCGGAAAAUAUACAUUUAACAAUUUACAAUCCAACGCCGAACCUUUGCCGAAAAAAAGCGAAUUAAAAACUGUUGCGAAAAAACGAAAGUUUGCAUUAACUCAUCUUCUUCAAGAAAGUCCCACAAUCGUCAUAGGACAUCUCAGUUUCUUUGACUUCAUCGAGCUUGGCUAUAAACAGCCAUUAUUUAUAGACAUAGUACGGGAUCCGGUAGAAAGAUGGAUUUCCCAUUACUAUUAUUUUCGAUCUUCCGAAAGGCACAUAAAGAAUUUGAAAUUUACUGAUAAAGACAUUAAUCAACCAUUUGAAGAAUGUUUCCAAAUAUGGAAAAAUACAACUGGAUGUUCGGGCAUGAAUAUUACACAAACUGCUGCAUGUUUAGUAAGAAAAGGACGAAACAAAAAAGGCUGCCUCGAAUUCCAAGUAGAUCACUCAUUUUACUCAUAUUGGUUUUCAGGGAAGUACAGCACCAACCGUUCGCUGAUUUCCAGUGCCAAUGCAAAAUCAAACAUUGAAAAAUAUUAUGCAUUCGUAGGUCUGACUGAGCACUUAAACGAAACUGUUAGAGCAAUGGAAAGGGUUUUACCGAGGUUUACAGAUGAAAUGUCAAGAGCGUACAAUGACCUGCGAGGGGAGCAUGUAAAGAAUCGUUCACUUAACAAGAAAAGACCAAGUAAUGAAACCAUUGCUGUGAUGAAAGAAUAUACAGCAAAUGACUAUGACCUUUAUAGAUUUAUAAGUCAAAGAUUUUAUCGUCACUUAAAUCGUCUAGGUAUCAAACUUACCUAGUACAGGGUGUUCAAAAACGCAACCCGAAGAAAUCGCUAUAUCUUCGAAAAUACUUGUCCAAUUAUGUUCAUUUUUCAGGAAAGAAAGAAGAGACUGUGUGUGUAUAGCUCAUGUUGUUAGUUGCAAAACAUGAUGCCUUGGACAACUGCUCAAAAGACAUAGUAUUAGAAAGAUACGAAAAACGCAGUCAGAGACGACUGCCACAGCAAUCAAACCAAAUAACUUUCUAACCAUAGUGUUUUGGUUAUUCAAAUUUGGCACAAAUCAUUUUCAUUCAAUGUAUGAUAAAUCUGUAGAGUGAAAUCAAAAUCACUCCAGGGACUUUACAGUUUUGGUCGAAAUGCUUUCAAAACUCAGUCAAACACCCUGGUUCAGCCAGACUUAAGAAGGUAUUUUGACCAUGACUGUAAAGUCCCUGGAGUGAUUUAAUGAAACUCCCUUAAUU